GCGCGGUGCGGGAGGCGGGCAGCGCCGAGUGCGAGGCUCUUUUGUUCGGCAGAGGGGAGGGCCGUUGGCCGGGGCCUGCGGUACGCCGCUUCAGUGAGGGGCUUGACUGCGGCCACCGGCUUGUUGCUUUUCUGGGCGCCACUCCCCCGGCUGACCAAACGCGACGCGCCAUUAGCGCGGCACCGAUUCCUCUCGGGCGUUUGGGCGCUGCUCUGAGAUUAUUGCAGUGUCCCAGUUUAGAGGAUUUUGUGGUCAUUCUGGCAUUCUUAUGAGUCUUUCUCCGCCUCAUAAAUAGAAUAAGAAACUAACAAGAAACUUUCAAGUUGAAAGUCAUUGGUGGCAUUCAGAAAAGACUGCAUAAAGAACCUUGAGACUCAGGAGAGCAGCGUCACCCUUUAGACCAGAAAGCUGGCGGGCACUAUGGGGAAGAAACAAAACAAGAAGAAAGUGGAGGAGGUGCUAGAAGAGGAGGAAGAGGAAUAUGUGGUGGAAAAAGUUCUUGAUCGUCGAGUGGUAAAGGGCAAAGUGGAGUACCUCCUAAAGUGGAAGGGGUUCUCAGAUGAGGAUAACACGUGGGAGCCAGAAGAGAACUUGGAUUGCCCUGAUCUCAUUGCCGAGUUUCUGCAGUCACAGAAAACAGCACAUGAGACAGAUAAAUCAGAGGGAGGCAAACGCAAAGCUGACUCUGAUUCUGAAGAUAAGGGAGAAGAGAGCAAACCAAAGAAGAAGAAAGAAGAGUCAGAAAAGCCACGAGGCUUUGCCCGGGGUUUGGAGCCAGAGCGGAUUAUUGGAGCUACAGACUCCAGUGGAGAACUCAUGUUCCUGAUGAAAUGGAAAAAUUCUGAUGAGGCUGACCUAGUCCCUGCCAAGGAAGCCAAUGUCAAGUGCCCACAGGUGGUCAUAUCCUUCUAUGAGGAAAGGCUGACGUGGCAUUCUUACCCCUCGGAGGAUGAUGACAAAAAAGAUGACAAGAAUUAACUCUCCUGAGUACCUGCCCCUGUCACAUCUGACUGUGGGUUUCAAGUGGGGAGGGAAGGAGUUCUACUUGACACCAUAGAGGUGGCUUGAGAAGAUGUCCUUUGAAGAGCCAGUAUCGUUUUCUGUGCCCUACAGCAGCCCAAGUGCUUUAAAGCCUUUCCAUGCUGUGUAGUUUGCACAUCCAUCCCAGUGGAGGGGAGGGAAGAGAAGUGUUGCAAGGCAGCCCAUUCUGUACUUUGCUGAGAAAGGCAAAGGGCCUUCCAUGAAGGACAGAACUUGCAGAAUGGGUGUGUGGGAGAGCAAAAGAUACUGUAGAUCUUCAAAGCGCAUCUCCACAACCCACAGCCUUCUUCCCAAUAGUGUUAACUCUGCAUUUUUACAGCGUAGCAUGUGUGUAGUUUUUUGGCUAUUACUGGUGUAUCUUUUUGGGGUGGGAGGGUUGGGGGUGGGAAGGAACAGAGAUGGGUAGGAUCAUUUUUGUUAAAAUUUGGGCCUGAUUGGGGAAAUGGUAAAACAAUGGAAAGAACAAACUUGUGGUGAUUCGGUUCUGUGUCCAGAAUAUUUUAUCUUUUCAAAAAAAUGUCAUUGGCAACCUAAAUGAGGACUGUGAGAGACUGUUUAAAAGCUGUGAAUGCCUGAAAUUUAUAAGCCAAGGUGUUCCCUGCCUGAGCUUAAUGCUGUUCCCGACAGAGGACUAAGCCAGUUAAUAAGUUACCAAAGCUGCCAUUUUGGGGAUGGAAACUGGCUGAAGAGGGAGUUUAAUUGGAGUGUAUUCACAGGCAGAUUGUUCUGUCUUAGAGGUGCUAAUUCUCGAAAUUGAUAAGAAGACUCUUUUCCAGUUAUGAGGUUUUAGACAUCAGCUUGUCCAUCCACACCACUGGCUGUGAGGUGUUUGGGGAGGGGAAGAGGGUGGUGUAGAAGGUGGGAGAGUAGAGAAAGACAAGGGCCCCUGCUCUUAGGGUGGAAAACUCUUGGAGCCUGUUAUUUGAACUUUGAACUCUGAAAUCAUUGGUGGCAGAGUUCGGUCACUGACAGCACAAGUUCACUGAAUCACUUCCAAGAGUGGAAUGAUUUCAAAAGCCCUGGUCUCAGGAGAAGAUUAAACUUUCAUACUAGGGCAGUGGUUCACUUUAAAACACAAAACAAAAAAUUUUUUUAAUCCUAAGAAUUAACUAAUACCCAAAAUGCUGUCUGGAAUCAUGAGAUCAUCAGUUCUUGACAUCGUCUAGACCUGCAUUCUAGAACUCCGUUGCAGAAUCUUUUUAGGCAUGUGUUAGGUUUCCGUGGAAACUUUGUUUAAAUGUAAACUUCAUACCACAUUGUCGGUUUUUGUCUUAAUAAAACUAUAGAUUUAUAA